AUGUUCAAAAAAGCACUACCAAAGCGUAUCCCGGUCAACAGUGGGGGUACCACCUCACUCAAAGGGUUAGCUGCCCGAGGAUCGGUAAACAAACAAGCUACAGCACCACACAGAGGGUCCGGAGCGGCGCAGAAGGAAGCUCUGUGUGCAUGCUACGAGCUCUACGUGCACUGUAGCAAAUGGCGAACUGGAGGGACCUGCAGACAAAAACCGGCACAGGAUUUGGAGUGCACAGGACGAAAGGCUUUCAAAACAUGGGGACUGUUCUACGACCACGUACCAACAUAUUUUGCCUCGAUAACCGACCAAACCAUUUUAGAGGAGGCCAGCAAAAGACUUCCUCUCAAUGUCGUCGCUCUCCAGGAAACAAAAGCAAAAAAAACAGCUACCAGGAAGACCAACGAUGGCCACCUAAUUGUUUUCGAAGCCAAACUGAGCGGAAGAAAUGUUGGUAGGUUGCGAAUCCUUCGGUCCACCUACGCCCUCGAGCACAUGGUCGAUUCAGUCGAAGUGAUCGGCCCACGACUGGCCAUCCGACGUCUACGCAUCGACAAGCGCACUUCCGUUAGUAUUAGCAACUGCUAUGCACCGACUUCAGCAGCUGCGGACGAAGAAAAGGACGCGUUCUACAAGGAAUUGGAGGAGAUGAUAAAAAGGGAACGGUCCUACUACAAAUAUGUUGUCGGAGACUUUAACGCAGUCAUCCAUGAGGAAAUGCCAGCGACAGCGCGCAUUGGGCCAAACCGGAGAAACAAACGAGAACGGCGAACGUUUGAUGGACCUCUUAGAGCAAUGCAAUCUCUUUCACGGAAACAGCUUCUUCACGAAAAAAGAGGAUCGGCGAUGGACGUGGGAGAGUCCGAAUGCCAACGACUCACAGCGAAAUCGACCACGUUCUCACUAACAGGAAGUGGAGUCUGCUCGACGUCAGCGUGGUGGAUGCAUUCCGCACUGGGAGCGACCAUAGGCUGGUCAGAGCAAAAAUUCGUCUCCGAGCGAGAAUCCGAAGACGCGACUUCUUCCGACCUCCUCCCAUACGGCUGCCACAUUACGACACAAACGUCAUGGAGGCGGCCGCCGCUCACUACACGUGGCAGGAGGCGCAAGACUUGUCGCAAGACUAUACCAUGCUCAUAG